AUGACUGCCGUCACGAUUCAACCGCCUCUGUCGCGCCGAGGCCAUGGCCCUGGGCUCAUCAUCGUGGUUGAAGAGGGCAUCAACCUGUCGAAACAUGACAAGAUUCUGGACCCUCCUCCAUCUCAAAAAUGGGCAGAAGAAGGAUUCGCCGUUGCGCAAGUAGUCGUUGCACAUGGGGCCGAAGCUGGUCAAAUCACCUCCGCCAUUGCGAGUCUCAGAGAACUCGACAGUUGCGACGAUAAGGACAAGUUUGGGGUCAUUUCUCUGCUCAGUGCCUCCUCUCAGCAAUUUGUAGACGCGCUGGAGAGCCGUUCCGAGAUCAAGGCGGCCGUGUUCUACAACUUUGUCCAGGCGCUCGCGAUUCCCAGCCUCUCGCAUCUCCCCGGAACCCAAGCAGACGGUCCCAAAUCAACUCCUACGGCAAAGACGCACUCCUAUCCCGGAGCAAGCGACUUCUUCGUCAUCCCGAGCCAUCCCAAUUUCAACGCCAGCGCCGCGGGGCUUGCGCACACUCGCACACUAACUUUCCUCAAACCCCUCCUCGGCGGGCCGUACUUCGACCUCGAGGCCGUAUGGGAGGAACACACCCUCUUCGAGUUUGCCGAGCGUGACGUUGAAAAGACCAUGGCCACUAUGGUCGAGCAGCCCUAUGUCAACCAUAUCCCGACGCUCACCGGCGGUGUGGGCCGUCAAUACCUGACGAGCUUCUACAGAGACCAUUUCAUCUUCAACAACCCCGAUGACACUGAGCUCGAGCUGGUCAGCCGUACGGUCGGUAUUGAUCGGGUCAUUGACGAGUUUGUCUUCAAGUGCACCCACAACAGGGUCAUUGACUGGCUGCUUCCCGGCGUUCCGCCAACCGGCAAGCACCUUUCUAUCCCCUUCACCAGCGUUGUGAAUGUCCGCGGCGACCAUCUCCACCACGAGCACAUUGCGUGGGACCAAGCUACCGCGUUGCGCCAGCUUGGUCUGCUGCCAGAGUACCUGCCGUUCCCCUACCAGAUCAACGGCAGCGGCCCGGCGUCUGGGAAAAAGUACGAGUUCAAGCUGCCUGUCGCCGGCGUGGAGUCGGCGCACAAGCUCGUCGACGAGAGUGCGGUCGAGUCGAAUGCCAUGUUUGAGUACGGAACGCGGGAGGUCGACGCUUAG